AUGACUGCUGACUCAACGUACAUGUCUGCAUCUGUCAAAUCAUUUCCUUAUAGUUUUUCGGAUAAAUCUCAAUUGAAAGAUGAAAUUAUUAUCAAAGAUGAUGAAUUAACAUAUGAUGAAAAAUGCCAUAAUCUUGGUGUUUAUUGUUAUAAUCCAAAAUAUCAUGAAGUUUGUGCUCGUGAUGGCGAAGGUUGGGCUAAAAUUAGCUUAUUCUAUUUUGUGUGGUUCAUGUUACUAGCUGGAAUAUUUGCAUCAUUAUUGGGAAUAUUUAUGGCUAUUAUUGAUAAACGUAUACCAACAUUUCGCGGAAACUCAUCAGCAUUAGCAUUGGAUACAUAUAAUCUUAAUCCAGGUCUUGGUUUUCGUCCACAAAUAUCGGUUGAAAAAACAUUGAUUAAAUAUCGCUCAUCGACACGCGACGGUCAAUAUGGUUGGGGUGAACAUAAAAAUCAAUUAGAUACAUUUUUAUCAUAUUAUACUGAACAAGAUUUACAAUAUCAACAACAAAUUGAUUGUACAAAAUAUUCGUUAGAUCAAUUACCACCUCUGUUUCGUCAAGGAAAAUCAUGUUGGUUUAAUUUAUUAGAUUUAAAUUUUGAUAAAUCACCGUGUGUAUCACAACGAAAUUUUGAAUAUGAUCGUGGACAUCCGUGUGUUUUAAUUAAGUUAAAUAAAAUUUAUGAAUGGGUGCCAAUUCCCUAUGAAAAUGUAGCUGAAGUACCAGAACGCUUAAAGUCCAUAUGGGAUGCAAAAAUGUCGGAGUAUAUCCUUGUUCAAUGCGAUGGUGAAAAUGAUGUUGAUCGUGAUUUCAUUUAUGAAUUGGAAUAUUAUUCACCGUUACAAAAUACCAAAAUUGGUGGUUUUCCAAGAUAUUUUUUCCCCUAUUUAAAUCAAGAUGGUUAUCGAUCACCAUUGGUGUUUGUUUACUUUAAAAAAAUUGAAACAAAUGUAUUGAUUAAUGUUGAAUGUCGUGCAUAUGCUAAAAAUAUUAAUCAUGACGAUAGUAUUGAAUAUAAACGGGGAUCGGUUCAUUUUGAAUUAAUUGUUGAAUAA